UUAGCGUAUGAAGGUGUAAAGCGUGUGAAGCGUGUGUUGAUGUCGAGCCGCGCGUCUUCCACGUGUCUGCGCUGUGGUUCUCCCCUGUGCAAACAUGGCGGACCAGGAGAUGGUGGAGCAGGAAGCUCGUGUGGGGAUCCUUCAAAACGGAGACGCACAUGAGCCGAAAAACGAAAUAAAUCAUGCCGACGACGCGUCGAAAAAGAAAAAGAAGAAGAAGAAAAAGAGUAAAGCGGCUGUCGAGGGAAAUGCAAACGGAGAAGAAGAUGCUGACAUCAAUAAAGUAAUAAAACAGUUGGAGCAGCAGGCUUUGGAUGACCAAGAGAAAGAAGAGGAUGGCGAGGAUGAUGGUGACGAAACUGGGAAGAAGAAGAAAAAGAAGAAGAAGAAGAAGGGUGGCAAGGUUCAAACAGAUCCUCCGUCUAUUCCCAUCUGUGAACUUUAUCCAAGUGGCAUUUUCCCCAAGGGGCAAGAAUGUGAAUACCCACUUGUACAAGAUGGUCGUGAGGCUGCAUGGAGAAUGAGCAGUGAAGAGAAGCGUGUCUUGAAUCAGGCAAGCGAGGAAAUAUGGAACGAUUUCAGACAGGCUGCAGAGGCACAUCGGCAGGUCAGGAGCUAUGUCAUGAGCUGGAUUAAGCCAGGCAUAACCAUGAUUGACAUUUGUCAAAAGCUGGAGGACUGCUCAAGGAAGCUUAUUAAAGAGAAUGGUCUCAAUGCUGGCCUUGCUUUUCCUACCGGCUGCUCCCUCAACCACUGUGCUGCUCACUACACACCCAAUGCUGGAGACCCCACAGUGCUCCAGUACGACGAUGUCUGCAAGAUUGACUUUGGCACGCACAUUAAUGGUAGAAUUAUUGACUGUGCCUUUACUGUCACUUUUAACCCAAAGUAUGAUAAACUGCUGGAAGCUGUUAAAGAUGCCACAAAUACUGGAAUUAAGUAUGCAGGAAUUGAUGUCCGUCUUUGUGACAUUGGAGAAGCCAUUCAGGAAGUCAUGGAAUCUUAUGAAGUGGAGUUGGAUGGAAAAACAUACCAAGUAAAGCCAAUUAGGAAUCUCAAUGGCCACUCAAUUGGACAAUACAGAAUACAUGCAGGAAAGACUGUGCCUAUUGUUAAGGGUGGAGAAGCGACCAAAAUGGAGGAAGGGGAGGUAUAUGCUAUCGAGACUUUUGGAAGCACUGGAAAAGGCAUGGUACAUGAUGACAUGGAGUGUUCACAUUACAUGAAAAACUUUGAAGUUGGACGUUUGCCAGUCAGGCUUCCAAGGGCUAAGCAUUUGCUAAAUGUUAUCAAUGAGAAAUUUGGUACAUUGGCAUUCUGUCGUCGCUGGCUUGACCGUCUGGGCGAAACCAAAUACCUGAUGGCACUAAGGAACCUGUGUGAUCUGGGCAUCGUUGACCCAUACCCGCCUCUGUGCGACACUAAAGGCUGUUACACGGCUCAGUUUGAACACACCAUCCUACUGAAGCCAACCUGCAAGGAGGUGGUCAGCAGAGGAGACGAUUACUAAAGCUAGUGCUCACCAAUUUCUCAAAAUUUCACUGGCAAAAAUGGUUAUGUGUUGUUCAAGUUGCUAAAACGGUUAAAUGCAUAGUGGGUCUGUGCCAGAGAUUACAGAAUCUGGAAACAUUGUAUGGAAAUUGUUCUCUUUGGUGCUGGUAUUCUGAAGGCCAUUUGCAUUUACCAUGCAACAGUCCAGUGCUCUCUUUCUACACAUACUGAGCAGCCUCAAGAUUAGGAAAUGUAAAAUUUUGAAAAAUUGGUGGACUUCUCUUAAUGUAUAACAUGCUUGUUAGCCCAGGGAAUACUAAGGUUGACUGUAUUAUUAAACAACAAUGCAAAAAAAGUAUAUAGAAAGUGUGUGGAGAACAUGUUCACUGAUUAUAUGUGUAAUGUUCCUUCAGCAGCUUUUAUUUGUAGCCAUAUUUGAUUACAUUCUUUAUUAGAACCACGCACAGACUAAUAAGACUCAGCAGAAAUUGGAUUGCUGAAGUUGUUUAAUCACAGUGUACAUACAGCUUAUACAUGCAUUCAUGCUUUUUUGCAUUUAGGGAAAGAAAUAAUAUUCCUUGCUUCACUUGGACUAGAACAAAUGAUGAUGGGUGUGUAUAAUAGCCUGGAAUGUUUUGGCUAAGCUUUUUCAGACUGAAAACAGUCAUCUCUCUGGGUAAAGCACAAUGCUGUUAUAUUUUGAAUUAUAAAUAAAAUUUGUAAGAAAUUACA